GCACCAUUCUUCGCGUCCCCGUCAGCGGCGACACGGCGGAGGAGGUUCCGGAGGACGAAGAAGAGGAAGAGGAGCCCCGCAAGGUAGCUCCUCGACCUGCGAAGCGUCCCCGCGCCAAAGCUUCCGGCUCCGAAGCCGGAGCCAGCGGCGAGGCCUCCGCCAAGAAGCCCAAAGUCACCAAGCCCCCUCCGCUCGAUUCAAGGAAGGCGGAGCGGGAGCGUUUGAAAAUGCUUUCAACAGCAGGCAAACGCUCACGCCCCAACAUCCCCGGCGCCCCUACUCCGACUGCCACUCGGACCGCCAGCCAAGAGCCUAUCACGAAGUUCCUGAAGAAAUCUCCGGCUGUCGGUCCUCCGACCCCUGCUCCACCCAGCGCUUCCCACACUGCUCCCCCGUCGUCCCCUCCUCAGGCGGAUCAAUCUCCCCCUCCUGCCGCAAACACUCCACCGGAGAUAAUUCCGGUCAGCAGCGAGAAGGUGGGCGGAGAGGAUCCCAAGGCCAAAGGCCCUGCCCAAGAAGAAGCCCAAGAUCAAGGAGAGGCGGAAGUCACUUCCUCCGAGAAGGCCGGAGCCGGUGCUGGCGACGUCGUCGUUUUUCCGAAGAACUUCGGAGAUCCGGCUUACCUCACUUCCACCCCCAAGGCAUAUGCUACAAAAUUCUUCAAGCAGCUCACAGAGCCGGAAAAAUGGGAGCUUGAGCAAGACUUGCUCAAUGCUAUGCUGAACAAUGCUUGGGGGAAGCCGGAUGCCGGUACAUCGGAAAUCCAGGACUUCAAGAAGGGCGUCGGCGAGUUCCUCGACAAGCUCAUCUGCAAACAAAAGGUACUCCCCAGUAGCCCCCAAGCAUGUAAGCGGAAACAAGUAUUAGUUAGCGCUUAAAUGCUUUAGAGUACCGCCACUUUUGGGAAGAUUUACUUAAAAUGUUUCAGUAGCCCCCAAGCAUGAUGUCGGAAAGAUUCCGGCAAAAAUGCUUCAAAGGACACCACUGUGUUGUAAGCGGAAUUUUGACUCCUGCUCUGUCUGCUUUUUACAGGAACAGCAGGCACUGCACUAUGAGCUGCAUAAAAACAUUGCUCUGCAGCGCCGCGUUACCUUGGGUCAAGCGGAAAACAUCCGGACCCUUACAGAUAAGAAUGCAGAACUGAACAAGCAGCUGGCGGACGCCCAAGGCGCAUCUUCCUCCCUGGCUACGACCUCCUCCGAGCUGGAAAACCUGCGCUCCUCCUACCAAGAACUAGAGAUAAAGCUGAAGGAGGCGGAGCAGCAGAAGGAGCACGCCGAGAAGCAGCUGGCGGAGAAAAACUCCGAGCUUAUCAGGGAGAAAGGCGAAUUCUUGCUGAAGCGAAAUGCUGAUAGCGAGACCAUCAAGAGGCAGCAAAAGGAGCUCAAUGGGCUCCGGAAGUAUAUGGAGACCGCAGAGCACCAUUGGGACCUGCUGGCCGAAAAUAUUCUGGGUACUUACACUCGGAAUUUCUUGUCUUGAUGCUUUGUUUUCUCGUGCUCAACUUGAAUGUUUACUCUUGUAUUUUUGUGCAGAGCCACUCGGAUACCCUGAAAAGCGCCGGAACAAAUUCCCCCGGGACGACGUUCUUACUCUCGCUGGUGAUGACUGCAAGGAUCUUAUAUCCGCCUCUCGGAAAAUAUGCCAUAACUUGUCCCUGAAGAGGAGCCGCACAUGCAGUCUGCGCAAACUGAUCAAGCGUAUGGAUAUUCUUCCGGAGCUGGUGACCGAUCUACAAGCGUCAUCUGCCCGAGGUGCAGCUGCUAUGACGCUAACCAUAUGCUUGGCGCAUCACCCAAAGAUGGAUCUGGAUCGGGUGUCUUCUGGAGUUCCUCCGACCGCAGAUGUCGGAAAGCUUCUCGAUGCAGUGAGUGGCUAUGACACCCGCAUCGCGCGGAAGAUCCGUCAUGAAGAGUUAUACGACAAGGUGGUUCUCCCAGCAGACGAGCCCCUUGAAGAUGAACUCCAAAAAAAGCGCGACGCGGAGGCCCGUCCUGUGGAAUCCGGAUCCCAGUUUACAUGGACCAGCUCCAAGGAUGCUCCCGAAGAGGAAGAGCCCAGGACCAGCGCUGCAACCUCCGACGAAGAUGAAGAGAGCGAUGAAGACGUGUCAUCUCCGGCUGAAGGCGCCAAAGGAAAAGAUCCGGA